GAAAAACAUUAGACUUUAUCAAAUAAGAAGUUAAAAAAAUGGUCAAUUUGGACGUGUAAUAAUAAGCAGCCAAAGGAAGGAGAUUAGUAGAAAAUCUAAUUAUGUAUAAUGAAAAAUGGAAGACCACCCACAUUAAUAACAGCUAAACAAACAACAAACAUCACAUGAAAGAAAAGCAAAACAACAGAGAAAAAAGUGGAACAAAAGAGAGUGUUUCAUACGUGAUCAUCCAUUUUCAAAACACACCCACACCACAAACAUAAUUUACUUCAAAUUCAACCAAUUUUCUAAAUACCCAUUUCAUUUCUAAUUCUCAAUCUUCAAAAAGUUUCCAUUUUUCCAUCUGGGUCUUUUGUUUUUUUGUUGUUGUGAUGUCUUGUUCUUCUUCAUCUGGAUCCGAGGAAGAUGAUGAGGGCUUUGAGUCCUAUCGGAAAGGUGGUUACCAUGCUGUUAGAGUCGCCGAUCAUUUCGCCGGUGGAAGGUAUAUAGCUCAGAGGAAACUUGGUUGGGGUCAAUUUUCCACCGUUUGGCUUGCUUAUGAUACUACCACCUCUUCAUAUGUUGCUCUCAAAAUCCAGAAAAGUGCGGCUGAGUUUGUUCAGGCUGCCAUUCACGAGAUCGAUGUUCUUUUAUCUAUUGCUGAUGGCGACCCGUCAAAUUCAAAGUUCGUCGUCCAAUUAAUUGAUCACUUUAAGCACACAGGUCCAAAUGGACAGCACCAAUGCAUGGUCCUUGAAUUCCUUGGCGAUAGCUUGCUUCGUUUGAUCAGAUAUAACCGUUACAAAGGUCUUCCGUUGAAUAAAGUUAGAGAGAUCUGCAAAUACGUUUUGAUUGGUUUGGAUUACUUGCAUAGUGAACUUGGUAUAAUCCACACUGACUUAAAACCUGAGAACAUUCUUCUAUUAUCAACUAUCGAUCAUUCCAAAGACCCUUUUAGAUCCGGAGGCUCCCCAAUUUUAGAACGACCUGAGGGAAACACAAACGGUGGAAUUACGAGUCUUAUUGAGAAAAGGUUGAGGAGGAGAGCAAGGACCGCAGUUGCUAAAAUAUCAGGAAGAACAGCUUCAAUUGAAGGAAGAGAAGCUGCAAAGUCUAGUAGAAAUAUCAAUGGUGUUGACAUGAGAUGCAAGAUUGUUGAUUUUGGAAAUGCAUGUUGGGCUGAUAAGCAGUUUGCAGAAGAAAUACAGACAAGGCAGUAUAGAGCCCCUGAAGUUAUACUGAAGUCCGGUUAUUCCUUCUCCGUUGACAUGUGGUCUUUUGCUAGCAUUGUUUUUGAACUUGCUACUGGAGAUAUGUUAUUUACACCUAAAGGUGGACAAGGUUUUAGCGAAGAUGAGGAUCAUCUUGCGUUGAUGAUGGAACUCCUAGGAAAGAUGCCCCGGAAGAUUGCUACUUCUGGAGCUAUGUCCAAGGAUUACUUUGACAGGCAUGGUGACCUAAAAAGGAUUAGAAGGCUAAAAUAUUUGCCACUUGACAAAUUGCUGAUUGAUAAAUAUAAAUUUUCAGCGAAUGAUGCUCGUGAGUUUUCAGCAUUUCUUUCGCCACUUUUUGAUUUUGCGCCGGAGAAACGACCAACUGCACGACAGUGCCUGCAACACCCCUGGCUGAACUGCAAGGAAUCAACACCAAAUGAAAUGAGAAAUGAAUCCACUGUGGAAAAGGUUAAUGUUGGUAUGAGCAACCUUAAAAUCAAAGUAGGAAAGUGAAGGUGGAAGACGUGUUUUGACCGCAUUUACCACAAGGACACAAUCUGGAGUACCGGAUCAAUACAAAGGCAGAUAUGAGGUCUUUGAUCUUAAUCCGAUGGUUUGAAUUGUUUGACUGAGGCAAAUGCGUGUCUGAAUGCAAGGAAUCCAAAUCCGUGUUGUGACAUAGUCAAAGUCUACUCACAUCUUUAACUUUAACAUGAAGGACCAUUGAUUGUGAUUAAUUAAUUAUUUUUUAUUAUAUUUUAA